GUGCCCGCGGCGGGAGGGGAACACGUUGUUGAACACACUUUUAUUGAUUCGAGCCCUAGGUUUAGUGUGUUUCUCUGCGGGGUUGAACUGUAACAAAAGUGCAACGUUUUUACACUUUUAGCACUUUGAUUGAAUUAAAAUCACGUCUUCUGUUCCCAAGAGGAAGUUUACAGGUAACACAGCUCUACAUAAAUUCGUGAAGAAAGAGAUUGCUUUAAAGCAGCUUCUCAGAGUAUCAACCCUAAAAGUGCCGGAGGAGACGAAUGAGGAAAAAGCUGCCCGUGUUGCUCACGUCACUGUGAAACGAACACCUUUUUCCUGCUCGUUUGAAGGUUUGCCGCCAUGUGGAUCCAGGUGCGCACAAUGGAUGGCAAGGAGACCCAUCGGGUCGACUCUCUGUCCAAGCUCACCAAAGUGGACGAGCUUCGCAUGAAGAUCGCCGAGCUCUUCACCAUCGAACCCCAGAGGCAGCGACUCUUUUACAGGGGCAAACAGAUGGAAGACGGUCACACGCUCUUCGAUUAUAACGUCGGGUUAAACGACAUCGUGCAGCUUCUAGUGCGUCAGGCACCGCUGCCGAAGGACAAAGAGGCCGAGCUGUCCGACUCCGACUCCGGCUGCGGAUCGGCCCAGAGCGAGUCGGAUAAGAGCUCCACGCACGGCGAGAGCGACAGCCAGAGCGCUGGGACCUCGGGACAGACCGACGCACCAGACCUCAUCCACCCUGGCUUUGGCUUUUACAAGAUAAAUGAGUUUGUGGAUGCUCGAGACCUAAACAUGGGUGCCUGGUUUGAGGCGCAGAUCAUCAAUGUGACAAAAGCAACAAAGUCUUCGGAUGAAGACGUAGGCACUGAUGGAGAAGAGGAGAUCAUUUAUCACGUCAAAUACGAAGAUUACCCUGAGAAUGGCGUGGUGCAGCUGCACGGGAAAGAUGUCCGUCCGCGAGCGCGCACCGUCUACCAAUGGCACCAGCUGGAGCCGGGCAUGAUCGUGAUGGUGAACUACAACCCUGAUGAGCCCAAGGAGCGCGGCUACUGGUAUGACGCCGAGAUCCAGAGGACGAGGGAGAAGCGCACCCAACGUGAGGUUUACGGCAAGAUCCUGCUCGGAGAUGCUGGUGAUUCUCUCAAUGACUGUCGCAUCAUGUUCGUAACCGAAAUCUACAAGAUCGAGGAGCCGGGAAGUUUGGAGGGUCCAGGGGCCUCUUCUGACAGCCCUCUCAAGAGGUCAAAUGGACCCGAGUGCAAGGUCUGUAAAGACGACCCGAAGAAGAACUGCCGCAUAUGCAACUGUCACGUUUGUGGCGUGAAGCAGGAUCCCGACAAACAGCUGUUGUGCGACGAAUGCGACAUGGCUUUUCACAUGUACUGCCUGAACCCGCCCCUCUCCACCAUCCCAGAAGACGAGGACUGGUAUUGUCCUGAAUGCCGUAACGAUGCCAGCGAAGUUGUUCUAGCAGGAGAGAAGCUGAAGGAAAGCAAGAAGAAGGCCAAGAUGGCGUCGGCGAGCUCGUCCAGUCAGAGAGACUGGGGGAAGGGUAUGGCAUGUGUCGGCCGCACUAAACAGUGCACCAUCGUUCCCUCCAACCAUUACGGCCCUGUUCCUGGAGUCCCAGUGGGAACGCUGUGGAAAUUCAGAGUACAGGUGAGUGAGUCUGGCAUUCACAGGCCUCACGUCGCUGGGAUUCAUGGCAGAAGUAAUGACGGCGCUUACUCACUGGUUCUUGCAGGAGGAUAUGAAGACGAUGUGGACGAUGGUAAGGAGUUCACCUACACGGGCUCCGGGGGUCGUGACCUCUCAGGAAACAAGCGGACGGCGGAGCAGUCCUGCGAUCAGAAGCUCACCAACAUGAACAGGGCUCUUGCUCUGAACUGCAACGCAGCGGUGAACGAGAAGGAAGGAGCCGAGGCCAAAGACUGGAAGGCUGGGAAACCCGUGAGAGUCGUGCGCAGCUCUAAAGGACGCAAACACAGCAAGUUCUGUCCUGAAGACGGCAACCGAUACGACGGCAUUUACAAGGUGGUUAAGUACUGGCCAGAGAAAGGCAAGUCCGGCUUCCUCGUUUGGAGAUAUUUGCUGAAACGCAACGAUGAUGAACCUGCUCCAUGGACCCGUGACGGAAAAGAGCGCGUUAAGAAACUGGGUCUCAGCAUGCAGUAUCCAGAAGGUUAUCUGGAAGCCGUGGCUGCGAAAGAGAAGGAGAAAGAGAACAAAAACGACGAAGACGUUGAGGAAACGCCCACCAAAGGCAAGAGGAAGAGGAAAUCCCAAACCGUGGAUGAAAAGAGCUCUCCGGCCAAAAGCACGCCUAAGAAGAUGAAAGUGGAGGCCUACAAACUGAGCAAAGAGCAGAAGUCCUUGAUCAAAGAGGACGAGCUCAACAAGAAGCUGUGGGAUGAAGCCAUGCAGUCUCUCAACCUCGGACCUCGCUUCAUCAACAAAGUGGAGGAGGUUUUCCUAUGCAUCUGCUGCCAAGAAGUCGUCUUCCAGCCCAUCACCACAGAAUGCCAACACAACGUCUGCAGGGAAUGCCUUCAGCGGUCUUUCAAAGCAGAGGUCUACACCUGUCCGGCUUGCCGACACGAUUUGGGCAAAAACUACCAAAUGACGGUGAACAAAUCUCUCCAAGCCAUUCUCACCCAGCUCUUCCCCGGAUACAGCAGCGGGCGGUGUUGACACUGAUAUCGGUGGGACAGAAUUCAACGAAUGAAACAUGGAUUUAAUUUUUUUUAUAUAUUUAACAAAUACAUCAGGUUUUUUUAAGAUCGA